AUGAGUGCUACUAUUAAUAAAGAAAAUUUUUUAAUUCUAUCUGAGAAACACAAAUAUUAUAAUGAAUAUGCUGGAAUAGGCACACCUGAUAUUAGCACAAGCCCAGGGACACCUUCACCAGAUUCACUAGAAGUUAGUACUAUGUCAUCUCUCUGGACAUAUAAAACUAAGCUGGAUAGAAUCGAAAAUACUAUUGAUUAUAUUAAGCGUGAAUACCUUUCUGAGAUAUCUAGUUUGCAAGAUAGGUAUAAUUUAGCCACUCUUGAUACAAUGGAAACAAAUAUAAAGGAGCUACGAAAAAAGUAUAAUUUAAUUUUUUCAAAGUAUGAGGAACACCAAAUAAAUAAGAUCAUCCAGAUAACUAAAAAAUCGCAAGUAUCUCUCAUAAAUAUACAGAAUUUAGUUGAUAAAAUAACACGACGUAAUCAGGAAACUGAAAUUGAGCAGAACUUUAGAUGUACCACUGAAUUGAGUAAACUUGAGUUGGAGAUUGAACUAGAAACUUUAAAAUUAAGGUUGGAUAGAGAUAUCAAAUUUAAUAUAUAUCUUACAGUUUGUAAUGACAAAUUGAGAGAAAAAUAUAAGGAGUUAUCAAAAAUAUAUGAUACACUUGAAAUGUAUCAUGAAAGUAAAAGUAAUUAUUUGAGAAAAGAAAGUAAUGAGACAUAUAGAACCGGAGAUAGUUUAUUAAAUAGAGAUUUAUCAGAUAAUCAGAACAUAAUAGAUUUAUUGGUUUUUGAAAAUGAGCUGCAAGCUGAAAUACUGGGAUAUUUUAAAAACCUAAAAUUAGUAUUUUCCGAAAGUUGA